CCGGUUGCUGAACCAAUUCCAAUCUGCAGUUUCUGCCUUGGUACAAAAGAGCAAAAUCGGGAGAAGAAACCUGAAGAACUCAUCUCUUGUGCUGACUGUGGCAACAGUGGUCAUCCGUCCUGUUUAAAGUUCUCUCCAGAGUUGACAGUUCGAGUGAAAGCCUUGCGAUGGCAGUGUAUUGAGUGCAAAACAUGCAGUUCCUGUCGAGAUCAGGGCAAAAAUGCUGAUAACAUGCUAUUUUGUGACUCGUGUGACCGUGGCUUUCACAUGGAGUGCUGUGACCCGCCUCUUACCAGGAUGCCAAAAGGUAUGUGGAUAUGUCAAAUAUGUCGGCCACGGAAGAAAGGAAGGAAACUCUUACACAAGAAGGCAGCCCAGAUAAAACGACGCUAUACUAACCCAAUAGGACGUCCCAAAAACAGGUUAAAGAAUCAAAAUACAACAUCAAAAGGUCCUUUCAGCAAAGUUCGGACUGGCCCUGGUCGGGGUCGGAAGCGUAAGAUCACCCUGUCCAGCCAGUCAGCAUCAUCAGAAGGAGGAUACCUGGAGCAGACAGAUGUCUUGGACUUCUGCAGAGAUGGCAGCACCACCCUGAAGUUUAACAAGAAAACCAAAGGGCUCAUAGAUGGCCUUACUAAAUUCUUCACUCCUUCCCCUGAUGGACGAAAAGCUCGAGGGGAAGUGGUAGACUAUUCUCAGCAGUACAGGAUCAGGAAAAAGGGUACCAGGAAAUCUAGCACUUCAGAAUGGCCCACAGACAAUCAGGAUGGCUGGGAUGGAAAACAGGAAAAUGAGGACCGUUUUUUUGGGACCCAGGACGUCUUAACUGAAAAAGACAUGGAGCUGUUUAGAGAUAUUCAGGAACAAGCACUGCAGAAAGUAGGGGUGACUGGGCCUCCUGAUCCGCAAGUGCGUUGCCCUUCUGUCAUUGAAUUUGGCAAGUAUGAAAUCCAGACGUGGUACUCGUCCCCAUAUCCACAGGAAUACUCGAGGCUACCCAAGUUGUACCUUUGUGAGUUCUGUCUAAAGUAUAUGAAAAGCAGAACUAUUCUCCAACAGCAUAUGAAAAAAUGUGGUUGGUUUCAUCCUCCAGCCAAUGAAAUUUACAGAAAAAACAAUAUUUCAGUCUUUGAGGUUGAUGGCAAUGUCAGCACUAUCUACUGCCAGAAUUUGUGCUUGUUAGCCAAGCUUUUCCUGGACCACAAGACACUCUAUUAUGAUGUGGAGCCAUUUCUUUUCUACGUGUUGACACAGAAUGAUGUCAAGGGCUGUCACCUUGUUGGCUACUUUUCCAAGGAGAAACACUGCCAACAGAAGUACAAUGUGUCCUGUAUAAUGAUUCUUCCUCAAUACCAGCGUAAGGGCUAUGGCAGGUUCCUAAUUGACUUCAGCUACUUGCUUUCAAAGCGUGAGGGUCAAGCAGGAUCACCAGAGAAGCCUCUGUCAGACCUGGGGCGCCUCUCCUAUAUGGCUUAUUGGAAAAGUGUAAUAUUGGAGUGCCUUUAUCAUCAACAUGACAAGCAAUUAAGCAUCAAGAAAUUGAGUAAGCUGACUGGAAUCUGCCCUCAAGAUAUCACUUCCACUUUACAUCACCUACGAAUGCUUGACUACCGCAGUGAUCAAUUUGUGAUCAUUCGUCGGGAGAAGCUUAUCCAGGAACAUAUGGCAAAGCUUAGAACUAAUGUCCGACCUAUAGAUGUGGAUGCAGAAUGCCUGCGUUGGACGCCUGUUAUAGUUUCCAACUCGGUUGUCUCUGAAGAUGAAGAAGAGGAGACAGAGGAUGGGGAAAACGAAGAGCAACAGCAGCAGAAAGAAAAAGACUCAGAGACCAGUAUGGUAAAAUCUGUGUCAUGGGAGAAGAAAGAGCAAGAGCCUUACUCACCUACAGAGAGUGAAAAAAAGCCAGACAUUGUUGCUCCAGCCAAUUCUGCACGGCCAAACAAGCACAUUUUCCCCCUGGAUAGUCUUCCUGCAAACAGCCAGCCAUCACGAAGAGGGCGAUGGAACCGCAAGAGCAAGAAACUUCGGGAGCCCUUUUGUGAGAAGGAGCCAAUGUUGCCCAUUGAGGACAAGCCGCCAGUUCCCAGUGGACGGUGCAGCGAAUGCGAGGAGAAAUCAGCAGCCUCCCAAGGCCGGUGCAGUGACUGUGAGGAGAAGUCAGCAGCCUUGCAAGGAAGAUGUGGUGAAUGUGAGGAGAAGUCUCCAGCCCCGAGAGGCCGCUAUGCUGAAGAGGAGGAAAAAUGUGCAGUUUCCCAGGGACAGUAUGGCAAAGGGGAAGACUCUGCGGUUCCCCGGCGGCGGUACAGCGAAGGUAUGGAAGGGUGGAGAGGACAGCUGAAAAAGAACACGGAGCCACUGAAGUGCAGAUUCCCAGAGGACUGCGACAGGCUACCCCGCCGCUACAGUGACAGUGACAGGGCGCUUCUGAGGUGCUUCAGUGACAGUAGUGAAGAGGAAGAUGAUGAACCUGUGAGUCCUCGGUCGAGCUCUCCGCCUGUUCUCACCAAGCCAACACUGAAACGAAAGGUUUGUGCCUUAUUUCUUCUUGUCUCUGUAUCAUGUGUCCGCAAGCGUAAGCACCACAAUAGCAGUGUUGUCACUGAAACCAUCUCAGAGACCACAGAAGUGCUGGAUGAACCAUUUGAGGACUCGGACUCUGAACGACCAAUGCCCCGAUUAGAGCCUACAUUUGAGAUUGAGGAGGAGGAAGAAGAGGAGGAGGAUGAGGAGGAGGAGAAUGAACUUUUGCCCAGUGGAUACUUUCGGCAUUUAGCCCCAUCAGAUACACUCAGGCAUAGACCCUCUUCUAAGAGGAAGUCCAAAGAUGAGGAGGAGUCUGAUGACACUAACGGUAACCCACCUUUGAAACCAUUAUCUAUGCUGAGAAAAUGCGAAGCUAAGGAUUCUUCACUUGAGCCAGAUACUUCUACACCCAUGAAAAAGAAGAAGGGAUGGCCAAAAGGGAAAAGCCGAAAACCAGUCCACUGGAAGAAAAGACCUGGGCGAAAACCAGGUUUUAAACUGAACCGGGAAAAGGAGCCACCGUCAGUUCAGGAUGAAGGAGUUGAUGCAGUGGUAGCAAAUUCAAAACCAGGGCGUAAGCCCAAACUUUCAGAUCAAGAGGAAAGUGUUGAGCAGAAAGAAGAGCUGCCCUUUAUUGAGGAAAGGAAAGAGGAAGAUGUGAAUGUGGAAGCAGAAGAGGUAGGAGAGGGAGAAGAGGAAGAUACAGCCAGCAGUGAAGUGAGAGCGGUUUCUCCUGUGGACAGCAACAGCAGUCCAGUGCCAGAAGUAAAAGAGCCUGAGAUAGAAGAGGAGGUAGAGGAGAAGCCACGGGUUUUAGAAGAGCAGAGGCAAUCAGAAGAAGAACAGCAAGAACUAGACGAACCUGAGCAUGACCAUGAGGAAGAAGAGGAAGUUGCAGUAGUAACAAAUCAAAAUGAAGAUCAUGAUGCUGAUGAUGAGGAUGAUGGUCACCUGGAGUCUGUAAAGAAAAAAGAAUUGGAGGAACAGCCUGUUAGAGAAGGGGUGAAGGAGGAGCCUCAGGUGCAAGAGUGUUUUUUAGAAACAAGCAUACCGAGCAGUAGAGAAGAUACAAAAGAAAAAGAUGAAACAGAGGCGGAUUCUGAGGAAGAGCAGGCUUCCAACGAGACAUCAGUAGGCUCAGAGCACGUCCCUGGGUCUGAAGAUGAUCACGAAGAAGAGCAAAGUAAUAAAGAAGGGUUAAUUGAAUUAAAGGAAGAGGAAGAGAUUCCUCAUAGUGAACUAGAUCUUGAAACUGUUCAAGCAGUCCAGUCCUUGACACAGGAGGAAAGCAAUGAGCACGAUGUAGCUUACCAGGACUGUGAAGAAACUCUUGCAGCUUGUCAGACUUUGCAGAGUUACACCCAGACUGAGGAGGAUCCUCAGAUAUCCAUGGUUGAAGAUUGCCAGGCCUCAGAACAUAACAGCCCAAUAUCCUCUGUUCAGUCCCACCCCAGCCAGUCUGUACGUUCUGUCAACAGCCCAAAUGUGCCUGCUCUGGAGAGCAGUUACACCCAGAUAAGUCCUGAACAAGGAUCCCUGUCCGCACCCUCUAUGCAGAACAUGGAGACCAGCCCCAUGAUGGAUGUGCCUUCAGUAUCGGACCACUCUCAGCAGGUGGUGGAUAGUGGCUUCAGUGACCUUGGCAGCAUUGAGAGCACCACAGAGAACUACGAAAACCCCAGCAGCUAUGACUCCACUAUGGGAGGCAGCAUCUGUGGAAACAACUCUUCCCAGAGCAGCUGUUCCUAUGGAGGACUGUCCUCUUCUAGCAGCCUCACUCAGAACAGUUGUGUUGUCACUCAGCAAAUGGCAAACAUUGGCAGCAGUUGCAGCAUGAUGCAGCAAAACACUGUCCAGCCUGCAGCAAACUGCAAUAUCAAGUCGCCUCAGAGCUGUGUAGUAGAAAGGCCUCCGAGUAACCAGCAACCAAUGCCACAACAGCAGCAGCCUCAGUCACAGCAGCCGCAGCCGCCACCUCCACCCCAGCAGCAACCUCCGCUGUCGCAGUGUAGCAUGAACAACAGCUUCACCCCAGCACCCAUGAUCAUGGAAAUACCCGAAUCGGGAAGCACUGGUAACAUAAGUAUCUAUGAGAGGAUUCCAGGGGAUUUUGGUGCUGGGAGCUAUUCACAACCAUCAGCCACGUUCAGUUUAGCCAAGUUGCAGCAGCUGACGAACACCAUUAUGGACCCUCAUGCCAUGCCUUAUAGCCAUUCUCCUGCUGUGACUUCCUAUGCAACCAGCGUUUCUCUGUCCAACACAGGGUUGGCUCAGCUAGCUCCCUCUCAU